GGCUGGACCGCGUUGCCCCCCGGAAGCUCUGUCUCUGCAACUUGAGUCGAAUCGAGUCCCUUCAUAUUCAUCGCACGCAUCCGAUUCAAAUCAAGCGGUUCAAACUUGAAGUGCGGAUUCAGCCUUCAAUCGGACCCUACCACGAAAACCCGAUUGGACCUGCAGAAAGGGUCAACAACGUCCGACGACUCCUUUGCCAGAGAGAGAGAAGAGAAAAGAGUCGACUUUUGAAAUCCAGCCGCUCCAAUUUUCCAAAUUCCUCCUCACUAAAUCCCGCAAUAUAUAAGACCCACCUCCGAAUACCUUCCUUCUUCAACACCCAGAUCUCAUUUCUCCGAUAUUUUUCCUCAAUAUCUCUGCUCACCAUCGCCGUCAUCAUCGUCCCUUCCAUGUUCUCUCAUGGCAUUUCUCAUCGUCCAUAGCCUGUAGAGAGAGAAGCACUACCAACUCAGACACGUCUGUUCAGUAAAUCUGGACGCUGCUCACAGCUGUUGCCCUGAUCCUUCAUUCAAGAAGAGCUUCGCUAAUUAUAGUCCGUCGUGUUCAAAUUUUGUACUUUCAUUCCUCGAUUUUCUCCUGCAUUUCAGGGAAUAUUGUGCAUCUUUUCCCCUGAAUUCCCCUGUUUCUUUUCGACCUUUUGCCCAUUUUCUAUUGCCGUUCCCCUCCGUCUCUCACUGCAAUUUUCCUCUGCUUUCUUCGCCCUUUUGAGCUCCCCAGCUAGAUUUUCCCUCAAUCUGAUGAUGGGAGUCCAGAGAGACAGGGUAAGAUUCAAUGUAGGCGGCAAGACAUUCGAGACGACCUCCACGACCCUCGCCAACGCCGGCCGCAAUUCCUUCUUCGGGGCGCUCUUCGAUGAAAACUGGAACUUGCAACCCAUGAAUUCGAACUCCGAGCUCUUCAUCGAUAGGAACCCGGAUUGCUUUGCCGUCCUCCUUGAUCUUCUCCGCACCGGAGAGCUCUACAUCCCUCCUAAUGUGCCAGAGAAAUUGUUGUGCAGGGAAGCUCAAUUUUACGGAGUUCUUGAUCAUGUCCGUGCGGCGAAGUGGGGCCAAUUCGAUGGGAAUCGGCUCCGGCUCUCGAGGUCAAUCACCGGCCCAGCGCCUGGAGAUGGGACGGCAAUAAGGGCGGGGCCGGACGGCGGUUGCUGCGUGGCUCAUGGUAGCAUGGUACAUGUUUAUGAUUGGAUCAUGGAAGAGCACCCACCGAUCAAUCUUGAUUUCCAGAGGGUUAAUGAUGCCGGUUGGAUUGAUUCGGAGAGCAUAGUGAUCAGUGCUUGCGAGCGUUUGGGAACUGGGGAUGGAGGGAUGGGCUUGUUUAGCUCAUCCGCAGGUGAAUUGAGGUCCAAGUUUCAGGUGAGCCACGGCGACCAGAUCAAGAGCUACACUGCUGGGGCUUUGGCCUUUAGCCCAGAUUGCAAGAUCUUCUCGAGCUGCAAAGGGAGGAGCAAUGAGUACGGUGUGGGAGUUUGGGACCAGAUCACAGGGAAACAGAUUGAUUUCUUCUAUGAAAUGCCCGGUUGGUCGCUUGGGGAUGCUGAUAAGCUGCAAUGGUUAAAUGGGUACAACUGUUUGUUAGUUGCCACGCUGUUUCCUCGAAAGGACAACUGUUACAUCAGUUUGUUGGACUUUAGGGAGAAGAACAUGGUGUGGUCUUGGUCGGACAUUGGCGCGCUGACAACCUUUGACGAGAAGCGAGUUAGGGAUGCGAUUGCGAUGGAGGGGAGCAGUUCGAUUUGCGUGGUGAAUGAGUACGAGGACUUGGGAUUUAUGGACUUGAGGAGCGCGGCCGCGAGUGUGAGGUGGAGCUCGAGAAGCCGGCUCAUGAGCGGGAAGAUGUCGGAUGAGCCAUGUUUCCCUAAAUUGGCAUUACAUGAAGGGCAGCUAUUUUCGUCCAUGAGUGAUUGCAUUUCGGUUUUCAGCGGAUCUGACUGGGUUCUGACUUCGAGGCUCCGGAGAGGUUUUGGAGGUUCCAUUUGCGAUUUUUCGAUCGGUGGAGAUCGGCUCUUCGCAUUACAUAGCGAGAAGAAUGUGUUCGAUAUAUGGGAGACUCCGCCUACAUCAGUUCUAUGAUAUCCAGAGUCACGGUAGUGUUUUGUGCGUUCCAUCUGUUUGAUGAUUACAAGUAACUUCUGCUCUAGAUCAUUGCAGUUUCCCCCCCUAGGUUAUAGGACAGUUAAUUUUCUUCACAAAUUUGAAGUUUGAUCCUUUUUCUCCCCCCUUCCUUUUUGGGUUUAACAGUUUUCAUAUGAGAUUGAUACCUAACAGCUAUGUAACCAGAUAUACCUGGACUGAGUUUGCACAGAACAUUGCCCAUUGGCAGAGAGAACUGAAGUUGUUUGCCUA